GUGCUCAACUUCAAACCCGAGGCAGGCAUCAAACAGCGAACCCUCAGAUAAACCAAACAAACAGUGCAGCGAUCGCAUAGGGGGAGGCGGUGCUGGGAGCGGGAUGGCAGGCCAUUUCAAAGCGGAAUAGCAAUAAUCCUUUCGAUUUCUUGCUCUUUGCAGACUUUUUCUAGUCCUACGUUUAGCCUGCGAGUGUAUCGAAUGUUUUUGUUUUGUAAUUGUCAUAUGAUCAUAUUGAUUCGUUUUGAGCGCUAAUGUCCACGCACUUAGUUGUGCUUUCAUCUAGUUGCUGAUCAGGGAUCCGAUUACAUGCUUUAGGUCGCAGCCAUCCUUGCCUUUGAUCUCUGCGCUGAUUUUGUCCUCAUUUCGGUGCUUCGUGAGGACUGGAGCGGAGCGGGCGCAGGGAAGCACUUCGGUGAGCUGGAAUGAUCUGGAGCCCGAUGUAGGAGGCUCAAUAGUCGGUAUCGGGGUGCUACUACAAUCGCAGUACUGGGGGGAACGAGAAUCAAGUCCCAAGUGUUCUACAAAACAUUUAUACCACCCUCCAACACAGCCGCUUAAAAUGGCCUGGAUACUUGGACACAGCUGCUUGCUUUUACUGUCAUUACACAUAAUUUGCUCAUCUCUGGUUCCUGUGAGGGCGGAGGAGGAGAGCAGAGACUGCAGAGAACAGGAGUACAAGGAUCAGCUUGGGAACUGUAAACCCUGCAAGCAGUGUGACGCUGGACAGGAGUUAUCAAAGGAAUGUGGCUUUGGUUACGGAGAGGAUGCCCGGUGUGUGCCCUGCCGGAGCAGUCGCUUCAAAGAGGACCGGAGUCUGCAGAAGUGCAAGCCCUGCCUGGACUGUGGGCUCAUCAACCGCUUCCAGAAGGGCAACUGUUCCACCACCAGCAACGCAGUGUGUGGAGACUGCCUGCCUGGAUUUUACCGGAAGACAAAGCUGAGUGGGUUCCAAGACAUGGAAUGCAUACCCUGUGGAGACCCUCCGCCUCCAUAUGAACCACACUGUAGCGGCCGUGUGGACCUGGUGCCCAUCCCCUCGGUGGUGCCCAGCCCCAGGGACAUGGCCCUGGCAGCAGUCAUCUGCAGCGCCCUGGCCACCGUGAUGCUGGCCUUGCUCAUCCUCUGUGUCAUAUACUGCAAGAGGCAGCUACUGGAGAAGAAGCCCAGUGCAUCUCUGAGGCCGCAGGAUGGGCCGUACAGCGGGGCGGAGCUGUCCUGUUUGGACCGCCGCCGGCUCCAUGAGCUCCAACAGAGACCAUGCUGCCAGUGUCACCUGGCCCCGGGCCAUGCCUGCGGUCCCGUCCACUUGAUCCCCUCGCUGUGCUGUGACGAGAGCUGCGGUCGGGGCCAGAGACGAGACACCAGCCCCUUCCCGUCUCAGGACAGCCUCCACCUGGGACACCUACACCCCCUGGAGGAGCCUGCUCCGGCCUGUCCGGGAGAACGUCCAGACUCUCUCUCAGGAGAGACCGACCAGACUUGGCUGCUGCCACAGGACCCGGACAGGGUCGACGACGGCUUCGGCCACCAGGAACCAACGCGCAAGGCGGAGGCGGAGGAAGAGGAGGGCAGGGGAGAGGACGAUGAAGGAUGCAGGUGGAGGGCGGAAGCCCAGGAGGACUCGGUGGCACAGGCCAGCGAGUGCUACGAGGACGGCGGGGCUCUGACGGAGGUUCUGCUCCCGAAGCAGCAGGCAUCCUCCCUGGAAGGAUGACAUGGAUUUAUUUGGCUCGUGUUCCACCCUUGAACCGCCCGGGACCCGACAACGGCAAGAUCCCGUUUCAGAUUACGGCAAGCCCACACACACCAAUUCAUCAACAAACAAAAAAGAAAAAGAAGAGAAAAACCAAAACGAUUUUCUUUUAAUCGACUUGUGAUCCACAGCCUAUCACACAUCUGAAGAGACUAUGUAAGUAAACGCAAACAAAAGCACUUCGGGCGAAAUAAAAGCAUCAGGGAGGAGACUGAAAGAAUAAAGGAAAGGAAAACUAUGCACAAUGUGAGCCUGCUGGACGAGAGGUUGACUUUUGAAGUUCAAACAAUGAAUGAGACGUGUUGACUGACUUUUGAGGGACAAUGUGACUAGAAGUAGUUCCUCAUAUUGGACUUGAGAAUGUCGUGCACUCACUCACGUGACUGUAAACUGUUUUAAGUACAGAAUAUGGCAGUUGACGUUUCAUGAAGCAGUUGUUUCAAGUUUACAAUUGAUAUUUCCUCCUAAGAAAAACAUGUAAAAAAAACAAACCUGUGAUAUGAUGCACCUUGUAGAAAAUCUAGAUACAAAAA